AUGACCGAACCCGCAGCGAAAUCUCCGCUGCCAAAAGAUCACCUCAAACCUUUCCCUCCAGUAUCAACUGCAAAACUUCAGCCUGAAACCGAGCCAUUGGACCAAAGUAACCAGACCGAGGCUCACGACAAUGGAACACAAGACAAUGACCUACCCCCGCUCCCAACAGUCAUCGCCCGCAUCCACGCGCGAGUCCAAUCCUUCCUAAACGAAACACACCCCCCAGACUCCCUUCUAGCCUCCGUGCAACGCCAAACUCGCAUCUCGCUAGACGUAGUGUCAACCGCACUAAAGCGGUACAAGCUCUCCGAACUCUCCGUCUCCUACAACGGCGGCAAGGACUGUCUAGUCCUUCUCAUCCUAUUCCUGGCCGGCCUGCACCCCGAGAACAAUUCUCAACCCGACAAAGAAGCCGAGGCCCAAAUAGCCGCCGCGACUGUUAUCCCGUCCAUCUACGCCCUGCCACCGGAUCCCUUCGACGCCGUCGAGGACUUCGUCGUCACGUCAGCCAAAGCAUACCACCUCGCCAUUACAAAAUACACGACCUUGCCACCUGCUUCGACGCUGCGCUCCAGCUUUGAGGAUUACCUGGCGCGACAUCCUGGGAUCCGGGCGAUAUUUGUGGGGACGCGACGGACGGAUCCGCACGGGGCCCAGCUGACGCACUUUGAUCGGACGGAUGGGGGCUGGCCUGAUUUUGUACGGGUUCAUCCUGUGAUUGAUUGGCAUUAUGCCGAGAUUUGGGCCUUUAUUCGGCAUCUCGAUUUAAGAUAUUGUUCGCUGUAUGAUGAAGGAUACACCAGUCUUGGAGGCACGUCGGAUACUCAUCCCAACCCGAAAUUGCAGAGUGCUGGGGAGUACCUCCCUGCCUAUCAGCUGACGGAAGAUGUGGAGGAGAGACUUGGGCGUAACUGA